GCUCCGAUUUGCAAAGUGCAAUUUCUCCUACCUUUUAGUUUGCCGUUGAUAUUGGCAACGUAACCUAGUUACUAUAGAAAGGCUCAAGGCAGCACUAUAGUAUACGUCAACCAAUUUGGAUUAAGACCCAUAAUUCAAUUCGAGUCACCUCAGUCAGAGAGCUUGAACGGUCUUGACAGACAACACAUUUUCAUAUCGCAUCCAAGCAGAGCCAUCUUUGAAAAAUGCGCGAGCAUUUUUCAAUGUUUUUAACGGUGGUGUUGUGGACUACAGCAUCUUUUGGAUGUCAUUUCUUUGCAAAGGAAUUUUUGACCGGGGGUCAUAACUUGCAAUAUUCAGGCUCUUUCAUUAUCACCAUCUUACAAUUGACUUGUAUGUACUCCAUUUGCGAACUAAAGCCCUCGACGACAGGUUCUACCAACAUUUAUGGCAAACGGAUCGUUGUCUUGAUAACUCAUGCAAUUGGUACACUAAGUACCAAUUUCAGUCUCUGGUUUGUUGAUGCCUCGGACGCAAUGAGCAUAAAAGUCAUGGAGCCCAUUACAACUUGCCUCUUACAAAAAGUAUUCUUCAAAACGCCCUUAUCCCGAAUGCACGUUUUCACCCUGCCCGUGAUUUGUAUUGGUGUGCUGAUAUUUCUUGAGGAUACACAAUCUAUUAGUUCCUUGAGCUUAGGUCUCAUUUGGGGCAUAUCUUCCAAUGUGUCUUACGGUUUGAGAAAUAUCUACAUGAAAGAGUUGAAGUCCCAAAACGUGGUUUUAUCCAUUCGAAGCCUCCAAGAUGCGGGGUUGAUUGUCUAUUGGAUCCUUUCUAUUGUUGGCUUGAUUGUUACUUGCCAGACUGUACAAGUUUUUCAACUAAUCUGCUAUGCAGUUAUGAGUUCUUUGUUCCAUCUUAGUUAUACUCACCUAUCAAUCACAGGAAUAUUAUCGUUUGUGUCGGUGAUCACCCAUGCUGUAUUCAAUGUCACUAAACGGAUUUUGGUGGUGCUUUUUUUCGUGCUGGUUGGUGAUGUUGUCAAAACAACUUUUAAUUGGUUGGGUCUCAUUUUGGCUGCUGCGGGUAUGACACUUCAUUUUAGUGGUCAGUCUGGCGGAGUGGGAAAAUCAAAUCAAAAAGCGAUGUCGUCCGAACAGUGCCAUACGCUUCCAUCGAUAAUUUUGGGGUUGCUUCUAGUUGGCUUCCAAAUUACAGCUCUUUGGGAUCCUAAUCCGAUGAGCCCUAGCGUCAAGCCUGUUAUCUCAACAAUUACAAAGUACCAAAAUCAUACUAACACCAAUCUAAGCCUUUUGGAGCAACAUCACUUAAUCAGGGACAGAGUGGUCAAUGAAAUCAAACUCGUCCAUAUUGAAUACUACACCAAACUUUUGCAAGGAUUUCCCAAAGUAGCUAUCAUUGAACUGGCUGAUUACGAAAACAAAGGUGAUCCGGCCAUCACAGUGGGCGAAAUGAUGCUAAUGAAACGUAUUCAUGGUACAGAAGUCAUUUAUUACAAUCUGCAUCAGCAAUCCCUAAACGCACUUCAGCAUGCCAAAGACAUAAUCGGUCAAUAUAACGUUUCCGAUGUGUUGAUUAUGUUCCAAGGAGGUGGCGGAAUGUUUGCUUACCCAUCAGGAGACAUAAUACGUAGAGUCUAUUUCAACGCUUUUCCCAACCAUACCAUGGCUAUAUUUCCGCAAAGCAUUUGGGCGUGGUAUCCCAAUGACACUUUGGCGUUUUACAAAAAAAUGUACAAUACCCGCAAAAAUCUUCACAUUGGCAUUCGUGAUCCCACUUCCUUGGCGAGGGCACGAGAGCUUCUCCCACUGGCUAAUCUUGCAGAAGUGCCAGACAUGGCUUUUCAUAUUGGACCCAUUUCGAGAACGCGGCCACCAGUCUAUGAUAUCUUGUACCACAAAAGACAAGACAAGGAAAAUAUUGCUUCAGCGGAUUUACCAUUUCCACCUGGGAUCUCAUUUAAAGUUGCAGAUUGGGUUAAUUGGAGAUCUUCGUCCACGCAAGAGCUGGACAUUCCAGUUACAAUGUUCCAUAACGGCUUAUCCUUUCUUCAAAGGGGGAAAGUGGUGAUUUCAAAUCGACUCCACAGUCAUAUCUUGACCACUUUGAUAGGUAUUCCACACGUUAUUAUGGAAUGUAAAGCUGGGAAAAUUUUGCCUCUCCACUACAAAUGGACCAAAGAUAUCCCAUACAUUAGGGUGGCCAAUAAUAUUUCCGAAGCUGUAAAGCAUGCUAUAGAAUUGUUGGAAAUUUACGGUAAUUCUUUGCCAGACACUUUGGCAUUUGACGUACCCAUUAACUAAAAGGUCGAAGAGUGUGACAGCAAAGUUAGCUCUUUGCGAUAACAUGCCAAUUUUGGCCCUUGAAAUAAACCCCUUGAUUCCAUUUA